GGAGAUGAUAUAAAUUCGGAAGGGCCAAAGCAUUUAAUGCCUUUAAUUGCUUCUGUUGCUCUUGGAAAAAGAAAAGCAAUAAAUAUUUGUGGAAAUACAUUUCCAACACGUGAUGGUUCUGGAAGUAGAGAUUUUGUUCAUGUUUGUGAUGUAGCUUUAGCUAUAGUAAAGUCUGUUAAAAGAAUUGAAUUUUUUAAUGAAAAUAAAGAAGAAAAUAAAGAAUAUUUUAAUAAUAAUGGAAAAAUAAUUGGUGAUGAAGAAAAUGAAAAUUAUAUUGAAGUAUACAAUCUUGGUCUUGGACGUGAUCAUACAGUUCUAGAAAUGGUAGCUAAUUACGAGAAGGCCUGUGGAAAACCAAUAAAUAAAAUAAUUAUGCCUCCACGUCCUGGAGAUAUUUCCUCAAUUCGUUGUGAAAUAGAAAAUGCUAGAAAAAAUUUAAAUUGGACACCAAAAUAUGGAAUUGAGGAUAUUUGUGUACAUUUAAAUAAUUGGUAUCUACGCUCUCCAAAUGGAUAUAUUAAUUGA